GUCUGGGUACCAGCUCCCUGCUGCCCGGCGCACGGCGGACUGGCAUCGGGCCCGGGCAAACCGCAGCAGGUCUGAGGGUCGCAGCAGCACACCUGGCGGCGAGGAUCGGGAGGAGGAGGAGACUGCCAGGAUAGGCCCAGGAAUACUUGUGUUAAAAGAACAACAACCCGGAAAAGAAAAUUUCAUCAUGGCAAAUAUGCACCAGGAAAAUGAAGAAAUGGAGCAGGCCCCCAUACAGAAUGGAGAGGAAGCUCGCCCUUUGGGGAGGGGCGAAGGCCAUCAGCCUGCAGGAAAUAACAGGCGAGGACAGGCUCGCCGACUGGCCCCUAAUUUUCGGUGGGCCAUACCCAAUAGGCAGUUCAACGAUAGGAUGGGUGGAGAUGGAGAUGAUAUGGAAAUGUUCAUGGAGGAGAUGAGAGAAGUCAGGAGAAAACUUAGGGAGCUGCAGUUGAGGAAUUGUCUGCGUAUCCUAAUGGGGGAGCUCUCUAAUCACCAUGACCAUCAUGAUGAAUUUUGCCUUAUGCCUUGACUCCUGUCAUUUUCCAUGAGAUGAAUACUGUGAUUCCCGCUGGGGUUUUCUUUUUUCUGUUUCUUUGCAUUUUCCUGAUACACCUUUGCUGAUCUGUUUGCUGUGAACCUUAUAUUAUUUUUAUGUGUUAGGUAGAUCUAGUGUGUUGUUACCAGCUUCUAAAUGAAGAUUGCCUUUGUACCCAGUAUAAGUUUCUGUCAGCAGUCGAGUUUCACCUAUUUGCAUGGAAAGAUGUAAAGUUAAUAAAGCAAUUAAAAAGCAA